AUGGGUGCAGAGAGCAGCGCGGCGCGGGGCUGCGUCCUGGAGGAGCCGCUGCUGACCCUCCCCUCCGGACUCACCAUGUACUCUGCCAUGCUCCAGGAUGGGAAGCCUGCUUCCGUGUUUGUUUACAAACGUGGCAAUGAGGACAAAGUCAACAAAGUGGCUAAGCACCUGAAGACCUUGAGGCACCCGUGUCUGCUGCGCUUCCUGUCCUGCUCGGUGCAGGACGGGGGGGGCAUCCACCUGGUGACAGAGCGGGUGCAGCCGCUGGAGCUGCUGCUGGACAGCCUGUCGCCGGAGGAGGUCUGCGCCGGCAUCUACGACCUCCUGCAGGCGCUGGUGUUCCUGCACGAGAGGGGCAAAUCGAGCCACAACAACGUCUGCAUUUCAUCUGUGUUCGUCAGUGAGGACGGUCACUGGACACUGGGCAUGAUGGAGACUGUCUGCAAGUUCUCUGAAGCAACACCUGAGUUUCUCGCAAGCAUUCAGAAUGUGAGAGAAGCCAGCUGGGUUCCUCCAGAAGAAAAGGUUGAGGGCUUCAAAAUGCUGCCGGAUAAAAACGCUCACUCUCGAGACUGUUACUCUUUUGGAAUGAUGUUGGAGACCCUCGUCUCUCUCCUGAAUGGCUAUGUGUCCCAGGAGCUGUCUGACAGUCUGAAGCAGACCCUGCAGGUCGGCCUGCUGAACUCUGACCCCUUGUGUCGACCCCCACUCAGCUCCCUGCUGACUCAUGACUUUUUCAGCAAUGACUUCCUGGACGUGAGGAACUUCCUGAAGAGCCUGACCUUGAAGACGGAAGAGGAGAAGAACGAGUUCUUUAAGUUUCUUCUCGACCGGGUCCAGAGUCUGUCUGAGGAGCUGAUAGCGACGCGUCUUGUCCCCAAACUCCUCAACUCUCUAGUUUUUGCUGAACCCAUGGCUGUCAAAAGCUUCCUGCCUCAUCUGCUAAAGCCAAAGAAGGACUCCAGUGGCGGCGGUGGUCACGAUGAUGAAUGCCUGCUCUCUGUGCCCCUGUACCGUAAACAUGUGGUUCCUCAGCUGCUCAAGCUCUUCAAGGUCAACGAGGAACACGUCCGGAUCGUGUUGCUGACUCACAUCCACAUCUACGCCGAGUUCUUCUGCCACGAUGAGCUCAAAAACCACAUCCUACCUCAGGUUUUGUUAGGAAUGAGGGACACCAAUGACUCGCUGGUUGCCAUGACGCUGCAGAGUCUGGCGGUGUUGGUGCCGUUGCUCGGAGCUCAAGUGGUGGUCGGCGGAGAGAGGACGAAGGUCUUUAAACGCACCACACCCAACUUCACCAGGUCCACAGAGGUCACCCCUGAGACCUCUCCUGUCCAUAUAUUCGGAGGCUUCCACCCUCAACUGGCCCAGCCUUCAAAAGUCUUGAAUCUGUUCCCCAGACCAACAGGGACUGAAGGCCCGGUGCUCGGGCACAUCGGUAACUUAAAGGCUUGUGUGGAGACUCCAAGAAGUUACCCUCUGCCUCCAAAAUCAGACGUCAGCAGACAGAUGUCUCUACCUUUGAACGGCUUUCAUCAGGAAGCCGAGGUGGAGUCCUUCAGCCCAGAGAAGGCUGUCAGACUGAGAGAAGGUCCAGUGGAGGACUGGCCCGACUGGAGCGACCCUGAGGAGAGUGAGGGCAGGGGGGGGCAGUCGGUCCAGAUCCACAUCCAGGCCUCUGAGAGAGAGGAUCCCGUCAGCAGCAGACUGCCGCUCUCAGCCGCGGAGCAGGAGCCGUGGGAUGACUUUGAGGACACUGAAGCCACCUCAGAUCUGUCCCCCACAGCUCCUUUAUCAGUCAUACUAACACCACCCAGAGGGGGCCCUACCACACCUGUACUACACUCUCCUGAAACACUGAUUGUGGCUCAAUCCAAACCCUUCAAACUGACCUCAGCCCAGCGACCAUCCACACAGAGCAAGACCUCCUUGGACGAAGGCUGGGCUCAAGAGGAGACAGACUUGGAGUUAUCACACCACCCGAAGCAUAAAGCGCCAAAGAAGAGCCGGGGGGGGGGGGGUCUGGGGGAGGAGUUCACCAUUAAAGUGAAGAAAAAGGAGCAGCCUGACCCGGAGCUGGACCUGUUUGCAGACAUGGUGCCGGACAUCCAGCUGUCCUCUGCUGCCUCUCCAGAAAUCACCUCAUUUCUGCAGGACUCAAUCAUCGACACGGUCACACUCACUGCCAAGUUCGCUGUUGCCAACCUGACGGAGACGGAAGCAGAAGGCUGGGGAGACGACGACGACGACGACCUGAACUGGGAGGAGAGCGUCUGGUGAGGACGUUUCCUGUCGUCUGGAGCAAAGACUUUAAAACUCUAAUCUUGAAAGCUGCUCCAGUUCUGUUUGAACAGCAUGAUGCAGUCACGGCUGAGACUCUUUAUAGCCCAUCCUGUUGGUUCCUGGACGUUUAUCAUCAGUCUGUUCAUUCAGAUAACCAUUUGAACUGGAAGCUCAUCACAUUGUGCUGGACUUUUGAAGCCAUCUUUUUAUUGUUUGAGUUAAAUGAGGAUCUGAAUCAGGUCUUUUUUUUUUUUUUGGACUACUUUUUCUUUAGUGCCAACUUCUUUACUGGCAUGAAAAUCAAAAUAUACUUUUUGGCAAACAGUACUCGGCCAAAAAGUGUCGCACUUUGAAUGAAUGUGGAACAGAAAUUACGUAAUUUAUUAGCUCUUUGGUUUCUGGUGAAGUAAAGAUUUUACUGUAUCAUAUGACCCUGUUCUGUUUUAUAAGACUUUUUAUAGAUAUAUCUCAUUAAGUAGGAAUAUUAUAUUAUAAGUACUUUAAGGAAGCAGUUAGACAACGCCCUCGAGCCAAUAUGGGUGCUCAAUAGACUCCUGUUUGACUAAGUGCUAAAUAAAUACAAGUGAACAAUUAUCUGUAAUCAAACAAGUUUAAUAAACAAAACAAAAAACAACCGGUUUAAAAGCUGAGACUUUACAGCAGCAGACAAAGGGUUUCACAGACUGUGUUUAAAUAGUUUUUCUAUAUAUGAAGUAAAACAUCUGGGGCUAGCUUGUGUGUGUGGCUGUUCUGAUGUGUGUGAGGAUGGUCUGGAGCUCCUGCAGUCUGGACUCCAGCCAGGGUGGAGGUGUUGGAGGAGAGGUGCGUUCUGUGAGAGCCUGCAGAGCUUUCAGAGCGCUCUCAGCGGUGGUGACGUAGCGGCUGAACUCCUCCUCUGCACAAAACUCCUGCCGAGCUUUCUUUGGACACGGCUGAGAGAGAGGAGGAACGACAUACAUCCAUUAUCUAAUUCUCACAACAUGAUUUAGUUUGACAUGAAUCGAGGCAGGAUCGCUUGUACAAAUGAAAUGGUGACUUGCUGAGCAGGACGUUAUGUAAUAAUCUGACAGAAGUAUUUUGCUAAAUAAAAAUACUAUUUUACUUGUUACUG